AUGGACACGUUGAUAGGGCUUUGCUGCCGCGAGUUUGCGGUGGUGGCAGCAGACAAGUACAGCAGCAACUCCAUAGUCCGCAUGAAAAGCGACGAAGACAAACUGCUGCUGGUCGACGACGACAAACUUUUGGCCCUCGCCGGAGAGCCCGGAGACCGAACGCAGUUUGGAGAGUACCUCCGCAAGAACAUCCACCUCUACAGGCUCAGGCAAGCAGCAGCAGCAGCAGCAGCAGCAGCAGCAGCAGCAGCAGCAGCGGCAGCAGCAGCGGGAGACAGCGCAGCAGCGGCAGCAGCAGCAACUAAAGCAGCAGCAGCAGCAGCAGCAGCAGCAGCAGCAGCAACUAAAGCAGCAGCAGCAGCAGCAGCAGUUUCCCCACUCCCCUCGCUAGGAAGUGCCCGGGUGUCCAGACACCGGAAGCAGCCCCGCCGCCCCUCCUUGGAUUCGUCCAGCAUAAAACUCUCGACUGCAGCAGCAGCGCAAUUCGCCCGGCAGCAGUUGGCCCACUUCCUCCGCCGCAGUCCUUACCAAGUCAAUCUCCUCAUUGCCGGCUACGACCAGGACGGGCCGUCUUUGUACUGGGUGGACUACCUGGCGAGCGCAGUGGCAGUGCGGAAGGGGGCGCACGGCUACGGGGCGUACUUCGUGGAGGGGCUGCUGGAUCGGUGGUAUAAAGAGGACUUGAGCGAAGCCGAAGCUUUGGAAAUAAUAAAGAAAUGCAAAAAGGAACUUUCCUGUCGUUUUCUGGUCUCUCAAAGCGACUUCGUGGUGAAGAUCGUGGACAAGAACGGAGUGCGCCAGGUCGAGGUCUGA